AUGCCGGCUCAGGAUAUCGGCGCGAGACGCGUCGCGGCCGCGUCGGAUGCGCCCUAUGCGUCGCGCGCCGCGGCCGCAACACCGACACUUGCCGCGCGCGCGGACGACAACAAUGACGAUACGCUGCCUGCAGGUGGUCUCACGGUGACCAAACCGCCGCAGAACGCGGGCGAGUCGUACUACAAGAUUGCGCCGCACGUCUCGGUCACGUUCGGGUGGUCGUACACGUCGCUCAAGACGACGCCUUCGCAGCUGUUUGUGGUCGCAUCUUGCUCGCAGAACGGAUACACGUAUCCUAUUGCGCCGUCGCCGUCGGGCAUCCCGGGCACGGCGACCGACGUGACGUGGUACCCGUACGGCUACCACAUGAGCGCGCAAGGCAACGGGCAGCCAGACCUCGCUGCUGCCAAGUACCGCCUGUUGAUCUACGACGAACAAGGGCCGUCUGCCGCUGCCAAAGGCGGGCGUUUCGCGCCGAACAAUGGCGUGGAGUUUGCCAUGUACUAUCCCCAGGCUUAUACCCCUCUGUCUGAAUGGACGUGCGGAUCAUGCAACGGUGCAUCGUCCCUCUCUCCGCGAUCGUCUGCGCUCGUUGCGUGGGCGAUGACGCUGCUCACCGGCGUCCUCGCGGCGCUCGCGCUGUGGCCGGCGUAG